CACGAGGAUGGACCGUCAAACCGAGUAUAAAAGACGACCUCGAGUUGUCCAUAAGCCAGUCAUCAUCUGUUAGUUAUAGACUGAAGUUAUAGAACUGGUCACAUGCAUCAUGACCAAAUUAGUAUAUUGCCGGUGCACAGCCCCACCUUGCCUGCGCGACCGAGAUACAUUCAACAUCCUGAAGCGGGUGCCUACAAACUUGAAUUCAGAAUCUGUUUGACCGUCAACCAGCCCUUAACGGACCCAGCUAGAUCUGUGGAAUUGCAUCAACGCACCAUGUCUGAGACCGGCCUCCCCCCAGACUGGGAAGUUCGACAUUCGAACUCCAAGAACCUCCCCUACUAUUUCAAUUCCAAGACUCACGAGUCACGAUGGGAACCACCGGAAGGUGCCGACACGGAGAAACUCAAGCUCUACAUGGCUCAACAUCAUAGCUCAGCAAACACGCGCAUUGACGGCACAGGGGCCGAGGGUAAAAUCCGCGCCGCCCAUCUGCUCGUCAAGCACAAAGACAGUCGCCGACCGUCGAGCUGGAGAGAACCCAACAUCACACGCACCAAGGAGGAGGCUAUUGAACUGCUGAAGGGAUAUGAACAACAGAUUCGGUCGGGGGAGAAAGACUUGGGUGAUCUCGCCGUGACCGAGUCCGACUGCAGCAGUGCACGCAAGCGAGGUGAUCUGGGAUUCUUCGGCAAAGGCCAGAUGCAGAAGGAGUUUGAAGACGCUGCAUUCGCUCUGCAACCCGGCGAGAUGAGCGGCAUAGUUGAGACUGCCUCUGGCGUGCAUCUGAUCCAACGGUAA